CUUCAGGUUUUCAGUCGUUCUCGAUGAUCUUGACGCGGAAGUAGAAGACGAGUAGAAGAAGAUUCGCCCGGGAAGUUUGACAACGUCAGCCGGCGGGUGGUGCAGUUGCGUCCGGCCGUCAUGGAGUCCACAGAGAGCAGAUUCGCUCACCUGCUGAAGCCCAUCAGGGAGCUGACCAAGAACUGGGAUAUGGACGUGGCGGCCGAGCUCAACGAUUACCUGGAAGAGCUGGACGAGAUGUGCAUCACGUUCGACGAAGGAAAAACCCGACUGAACUUUGCGGAGGCGGCGCUGCUCAUUCAGGGCUCCACCAGCAUCUACAGCAAGAAGGUGGAGCUUCUGCACAAUCUGGUCUACCAAACGCUGGACUACAUCAGAGACAGGAAUAACAAACGAAACAAAGAAGCAGCGGCCGGCGACGGCAGCCAAGUACGAGAGACGGCGCACCGGGAUGACGACGAUAACGACGACAACUCUUUCUACGAUGUGGACGUCAAAACGGCGGAUUGCGUGGACAGAAAUGAAGACGAUGUGUUUGUGAAGGUGGUUCCUCUUCCUCCGACAUCUCUGAUCCCUCCAGAAAGUCACGAAAAGCUCAAGUUUCCGCUCAUCAGUUCCAAAGGUGAGGUGCCAUGCAGCCAAAAGGACUUCCGGAUCAACAUUUUUCUUCCGGGACUUGACAACAUGAUCAUCCUGGCGCCGGUGUCCCAAAGCGAUAUGCUUCUGCAGACCCCUGUUAACGCCCCGGCGGGCGGUCGUGAUGUCACGGCGGAAUCCCCCGAGCACAGCUUCCUUCCGUUGGACGACGUCGUGGAAGCGGACCCGGGAGUGGACGAGCACAUCCAGAGGCAGCAGGCUUCCGGUCGAGAACGGCCAGAACGGGUGGUCCUCGAGGAGGUGGCGCACUUCGCUGACAACACGUGGACGCUUCACGACCCGUACGUCACGCUGAAGGAGGGCAAACCUUUCACGUCAGGAAAGUGCUACAAGGUUCCGGCCGGUCUGGACGACGGAGGCAAAAGGAAACGUCUGGUGACGCCGACCCUGAAGAACUUCAGGACCUGGUUCAAAGAAACAUACGAUCCUCCCGAACGCAAUCUCCGAAAAGGACCGGCCAGCAUCGACCUCAACUACAUAUACCGGGAGGUGCUCAAAAGAAAGCUGAGGAACCUCAGGAGGAUCAAGCGGAAGCAGUUCGGAGGCGUUUCGGACGGGGACCUGAUUAAAGAGCUUCUGGAGCCUCAAGAAAACCAAGGGAACUUUGAAUUCCAGGAGCAGGAACAUCAGGACUCCGAUGACGAGCACGAAAUGCCCGAGGAAGGAGACGACGUCGCGUCGCCAGAAGCCGAGCAGCUGACUUACGAAGACCUGGUCAAGCUGAGAGUGGAGCUGAUGACCAAGAACUGUCGAGACUACACGCAGGAGACGGCGUUGUCUCGCCGCGUCCAAGAGUGGGAGGAGAAGAUCCACCUCAGGCUUCUUGAGCAGGACGGGCGCGCGACGUUCGACAUCCACGAUUACGGCGACCGAAUCGUAUCAGCGUUGGGCGAGGUGGGCCGGCGCCGCAGCUUCGCGUCCAUCGUGAACGGCGUGGAAAGCUUCCAAGCCUGCAGGUUGCUGCUGGCGUCCUUGCAGCUGGCCAACGACAACACUGUGGCCGUUGACAGCGCGGCAGGUACGGAGGCUGCCGUCGUAGACACGGCGGGCUUGACCCUGCUCAGCAAAGUUCGAGCCGCCGACAGGUUCAAGAAUCUCCCCGCGCUUCCUCAAGAUUGCGAAUAAAGUUCUCAUUGUUACUGACAGAGACUUAAGUUCAAAAGUGUAUUCCUGUUUAUUUGUUAAAUAAAAGAUC